GAAGGCGGACACACGGAUUUUCAAACUCCUGCGUAGUAUUUUAAAAGGACCUCCUUCACUGAACUGUGAUGCACUACGGCACAUCCCACUGCAGUGAGCAACUGCGCUUGUUAGUCAGCGUUAAUAACCUGCCACAAAGUAAGAUGUUGCGCAUGGAAUUACUGAGGAAAAAGCGCACAAAAUAACUGGCAACUUGACGCUUGCAUAAAAUGCAAAACAAGAAAUAUUCAAAACACAGCUGAACAGGUUAAAUGAAUUUUUCGCCGCGCUGAAAAUCAUACAACAGGAAGAACUUUAUAAAACUCGGAUUACGUGAAAAUGGAGUUGGAGGAAUGCAAAAUAUCCGUGUGGGUCUGCAGAGAGGAGAAGCUUGUUUCUGGGCUGUCAAGGCGCACUACAUGUGCUGAUGUUGUCAAAGUGUUGCUGGAGGAUCAGAACUUAAAGCAAGGCGUUUCUGCAGCUAUGCUCUCCGGAUCCCCCCAGUCUUAUUGUAUCGUAGAGAAAUGGAGAGGAUUUGAGAGGAUUUUGCCGAACAAAACAAAAAUCCUUCGUCUAUGGAGCGCAUGGGGAGAUGAACAAGAAAACGUGAGAUUUGUCCUGGUGAAAAAUGAAGCAUCUUUACCCAACAACGGACCCCGCAGCGCAGAGGCACGGGUCGUACUUAGCAAGGAGAGCCCGUGCAUGUACAAGGGUACCGCGAGGGCAACGAUGGCUUUCUCGCAGGAAAAACAGCGGCGUAUUGUCAGGAAGGCAUUCAGAAAGUUGGAUAAAAUCAAUAAAAAGAGAGAGGAAGCCUUAACAAAGGACACGUCGUCUGUUGAAAAAAUGGAAACCUUAGUACACCUGGUCAUAUCGCAAGAUCAUACCAUUCGCCAGCAGAUACAGAGGAUUAAAGAACUGGACAGGGAAAUUGACAGGUACGAAGCUAAAGUCCACUUUGACAGGAUGAAAAGGCACGGGAUCAAUUAUGUGCAGGACACAUACUUGGUCGAGGGGAACCCGGAGGCCGAUUCAAAGUCAGACAGUGACAAACCGCACACCGCAGAGACACUUGCUCGGUUCGAGGAAUACGCUAGCAGAUGCGAAGAAGUUAUUAAACUGCAGGAGGAACUGGCGGAGCAUCAGGCCCUCAUGGACAGUAUUACGGUGGAGAUCCAGGAGGAACUUAAUCAAAGAUGGAUGAAACGACGGCAAGAAGAACUCUCAAAUGCAGAUAAGGAGAGCAACGCCGAGGAGACAGUUAUCAGGGUAACGACAGCUCCUCUGGUGACAGAGACAGACACAGCCACUACAGAGCUUGACAUCUCAUCGGAGAACGAGUUGCUGUUAGAGGAGGAGAGAAUCAAAACGCAGCUGGACACAAGUUUAUAUAUUGGACUUCGUUUGAACACGGAUUUAGAGGCUAUUAGAGUUGAUUUGGACAUGAGCCAGGAGUUGUGGGAUGUGAAAGAGAAAGAGCUAAGGAAUUUGCUGGAAAAAGUGGACUCGUUAGACAUCGAGGAAGAAAUCAAGCCGUCAGCGGACGACAAAGAAAGCAGUUCCGUGGAAACUGAGAGGGAAAUGUUACCUUCAUUAGAGACAAAUAGUGGGUGGGUAGAACAGGCCAGGGGACUUUCAAAGAAAUGCAACACUAACGACGAGGAUUCGGAUACCGGUCUCAGUUCGAUGCAUAGCCAGGACUCGGAUAAUGCAGCUGUCUGCGAGUCACUGGUAUAACCCGUUUAAAACUUUUACCCAGUACACUCAGGGAUUAGUGUAUUUCACAGCACUAAAACAAGUUGCUGUCUCUCUGUUAAAAAGCGAGCAUGCGUAAAAAAUAACAAGAUGGUGUCAAAAAGUGUAGCCUGCCCAUAAAGUGGAACCAUGCGAAACUGUUUGUCACUAAAUUACACAC